GGAGCAUGCGCCUCCUCCUCAUUUCCUCUCCUGGAGCUAGUGGAGUAAAGCUACGCCCAGGCCCGCGUCCGCUGGCGGCUCAGGAACUUCAGCACCCGCUGGGCGGACAGCGCCCGCCGCACCUGCUCACCUGCUCUGGGUGCCGGAAGAGCCCGCAUCCUCCUGCCAGCCGGAGCGACUGCGCCGGGGGCCGCCCAGACCCUCUCCCUUCCCGCACGCAGGCUCCUGUCCCUUCCAGCUUCUUAACUCCCCUUCUCAUUCAUAACAAAAGCUACAGCUCAGGGGCCCAGCGCCAGGCUCUUUCCAGCAGAGAACAGAGGAGCAAGAAAGAAUGGGGUUUCUUUGGACCGGCUCUUGGAUACUGGUGUUGGUGCUCAACAGCGGCCCAAUUCAAGCUUUCCCCAAACCCGAAGGCAUCCAAGACAAAUCCCUGCAUAAUAGAGAAUUGAGUGCAGAAAGACCUUUGAAUGAACAGAUUGCUGAGGCAGAGGCAGACAAGAUUAAAAAGACAUACCCUUCAGAAAGCAGGCUGAGUGAAAGCAAUUACUCUUCUGUCGAUAACUUGAAUCUGCUGAGAGCAAUAACAGAAAAGGAAACAGUUGAGAAAGAGAAACAGUCCAUAAGAAGCCCCCAGUUUGAUAACCAACUGAACGUGGAAGACGCUGAUUCAACUAAAACUCGGAAACUGAUGGAUGAGUAUGAUUCCACUAAGAGCGGACUGGACCACAAGUUUCAAGAUGACCCAGAUGGCCUUCAUCAACUGGAUGGAACUCCUUUAACUGCUGAGGACAUUGUCCAUAAAAUUGCCACCCGGAUUUAUGAGGAGAACGACAGAGGAGUGUUUGACAAAAUUGUUUCUAAACUGCUGAAUCUCGGCCUAAUCACUGAAAGCCAGGCACAUACUCUGGAAGAUGAAGUAGCAGAGGCUUUGCAAAAACUGAUUUCAAAAGAGGCCAACAAUUAUGAGGAGGCCCUGGAUAAACCCACAAGCAGGACCGAGAAUCAGGAUGGGAAAAUACCGGAGAAAGUGACUCCGGUGGCAGCAAUCCAAGAUGGCUUUACUAACCAUGAAAAUGAUGAGACGGUAUCUAACACCUUGACCUUGUCCAAUGGCUUGGAAAGGAGAACUAACCCCCACAGGGAAGACGGCUUUGAGGAGCUCCAGUAUUUCCCCAACUUCUAUGCACUACUGACAAGCAUCGACUCAGAAAAAGAAGCAAAAGAGAAAGAAACCCUGAUCACCAUCAUGAAGACAUUGAUUGACUUCGUGAAAAUGAUGGUGAAAUACGGUACGAUAUCUCCAGAGGAAGGCGUUUCCUACCUUGAAAACUUGGAUGAAACAAUUGCUCUGCAGACCAAGAACAAGUUAGAAAAAAAUACUACUGACAGCAAAAGUAAGCUUUUCCCAGCUCCGCCAGAGAAGAGUCAGGAAGAAACAGACAGUACAAAGGAAGAAGCUGCCAAGAUGGAAAAGGAGUACGGAAGCCUAAAGGACUCUACAAAAGAUGAUAACUCCAACCUAGGAGGAAAGACAGAUGAAGCCACAGGGAAGACAGAAGCCUACCUGGAAGCCAUUAGAAAAAACAUCGAAUGGCUGAAGAAACAUAAUAAGAAGGGCAACAAAGAAGAUUACGACCUUUCGAAGAUGAGGGACUUUAUCAACCAACAAGCUGAUGCUUAUGUGGAGAAGGGCAUCCUGGAUAAGGAAGAAGCCAAUGCCAUCAAACGCAUCUACAGCAGCCUGUGAAGAUGGAGGGCAGCUCGAGCCUUCCAGCUGUUCCAGCAAAAACAAUAUAGCUUACAAACUAAUUCGGCAGUUAAAGAGUUACCAGCCCAGGAGUAUUAGGAUGUGCUGAAUUCACAGUAGUUAACCCCUUAGAAAUGAAUAAAGUAGAGCUUUCUUGCCAUAAAUACCUUAUGAAAAGCAAAGCUGUAGAGAAGUUGAGGUUUUUCUAUAUAGAAUCCUUAUUUCCUCUUGGAUUUACAUUUUGUAAUCAGAGAUGUGCUGCUCUGGAAAAGACUCUAAUGGGUUGAACAUAAAUUCUGAACCUACUUCCCACUGUCUUAAGCCCCCUGAAGAUCUGAGAGGCCCUGUCUCGGCAUGCUAGACACCUGAGUACCUCAUUGGAUGUUUGUCAUAUGAUGUCGUUUCCACUAGUAGUUCUCUGUUGGGCACAGAAAUAAACCCAUGUCUCUUCAUAUCCUU